AAUCUCGUAUACCUACAUACUUUAUUAAUCAAAAAAAUUUUUCAGUGUAGGAUUAAUAAAUACGAGUAUAAUAAUAGAUACAUACUACAUAAAUAAGGCGCUUAAUAUGUAAACAAAACAAGAAAUGAAAAAAAAAUUACAAGUGUCAACUUAGCAUGACAAGCCACAGUUAAACCAGUUCACGACUGUAGGCAAUUUGUUAUAGAAGUACGCUAUCCAGUUAAACUGAUCAGUGAGAGCCAUAACUGCAAAGAAGUACUGAGGAAAAAUCUUAAGAAGCAAUUUCUUACGGCAACUGUGAACUUUUAUUUGUUUUUUAGUGUCAGUUCAAGUUGAAACCGGAUGCUAAAUAGUGUGAUUCUGAUCAACAGAAUAUUAGUUAAAAAGCGUUUAAGUCAUUAUGAAUUCUCGAAAUGCUUCAAUUGUAUUUGUUCUAGUUUUGUGGUCCCAGUGUUUUCCAUCGAAUGGAUUAUUUGAAAACUGUAAUCAUGUGCUUGAACUGAAACCGGAUCAAAAGCUUUACAUUAAUUCACCAUAUUAUCCAAAUUCAUACCCGCGAGGCACAUCCUGCCGCUAUACGGUGCAAGCACCAAUCGACUUUGAAAUAAAAUUCGGUUGUGAAAUUGAUUUUAGUUCGUUCAAUAAAAUUAACUGCAACUCGGAUAUAUUUUAUUUUAACAAUGAAGGAAGUGAGGUUCUCUACGGUUCUGAAUAUUUCUGUGGGUCAGGGAGGAUAGAAAAGAAAAGCUUCAUUAAUAAAGCAACAAUUUCGUAUAUUUCUUCGAGUGUUUCCCAACGCAUUAUUCAUGACAGCAACUCUUCACAAUCCGGCCGCUUUUCGUGUUUAGUGGAAGUAAUUGAACCUCCUUGUGACUGUGGAUGGAGCUCUACAGAAAGGGUGACUGGUGGAAGCGCUGCUUCCUUGGGAGAGUUUCCCUCAAUGGCAGCAGUCGUUCGAAAGUUUGGAAACAAUUUUUUUUGUGGAGCUACAAUAAUUCAUCAUCGAUAUUUGCUGUCAGCUGCUCACUGCUUUAUAGCUCAGGAGGUAUCUCUACCCGAACUUAUUAAAAUUGUUGUGGGAGAAGACGACCUCUCAGCCAUUUAUGAUUCGUUUUACAGCCAGCAGUACGACAUUGAAGAAAUUAUAAAACACAAGAACUUCGAGUUGAUGAAUCUUAGAAAUGAUAUUGCUUUGCUGAAAACAGUACAGAAUAUUGAAUGGAGUCGGGUAGUGGGACCAACAUGUCUGCCCUUUCGUUUCGUAAAGAAAUCAUUGGGUGGCUAUCAAGUGGAUACUGCCGGGUGGGGUACAACAAGUUUUGGUGGACAACGGUCCAGCAAAUUAUUAAAAACAAGCCUGUUCGUCCUUAGUAGUGAAGUAUGCAAACAAACUGUGGAUGCAGUGAUAACAGGCCAAUUGUGUACUUCGUCGUUGUCUGGAAAGGACACGUGCCAAUAUGAUUCUGGUGGAGGACUUUAUUUAAGAAUGAGUCGAAUGUAUGCAGUUGCAAUUGUUAGUUAUGGCUAUGCAUGUGAUUCAGAAGUUCCCUCCGUGAAUUCAAGAAUUUCAACAUAUCUGAAGUGGGUGCAAGCCAAAACUGGAAAUGUGAAGUUUUGUGUUAAAUGAUAUAAGAAAAUGUUUUGUUUUGGUCCUGAAGCUUUUAAGCUAAUAAAGUGCUGGAUUUGGAAUUUGAAGAAUUUUAUUGUUUUUUUUUUUUUCAGCAUUUGUUAUUGUCGGUAUAGUAAGUACAUAUGCACACAUUGAGGGAAAAAUAAGCAGAGUAAAAUGUAAUAAGGUCAUAGUCAACGUUGGUUUAAUAUUGAAAAAACUAAGAUGAAACAUAUUUAAAUUAAAAUUGAAAGAACAUAAAACAAUUUUUAAUUUUUGUCGGAAUUUAGGUUUUGUUGCAUUUUAUUACCCUAAUUUUUAACAGUGAGAUAGCUCAUUAGUAAAGCAUUCACUGAAACAACUUUGAUAGGUGAUUUAUAACGGCAAACCACUUUAAACUAACGGUGUUCUAUUUUGAUUUUAAAAUUAUCGUCUUCAACGCAAAACCAUUGCAAAAAUAGUUGAAUCAAUGUGGUUUCUUUUUAUUUUCCUCAGUUUGUGCAAAUGAUAUAACAAACAGUAGGACUAACCAUAAUCUAUGUUGAGGUAAUGAGGGUAAAAAAUAAAAGUUUCUGUCUUAAAUUACAUAUAUCUACAUUUUAAGAUAAAAAAAAAAAACAAAAUUUUAAAAUAUUUUUUUCGUAACCUAAAGCACUAUUCACAUGAGCAUGCCCAACGAAUGAACGAAAACUCGUUGAUUUUGACAUUUCAGAUGAGAGUCUUUAAUGCGUCGCGAAUGAAGUUUGAAUUUGACACCGUUCACCACCAAAACCAAAACAAAAACAAUUUGUUCGUUGGAAAUGUGCAUUUGGAACGCGAAUUUAGUCUGACAGUUCGAACCCACUAGAUUUUUUUUCGCGACGAAUAAAUUUGUUUCCUCAAAUUUAUUUACAUUUUGUAUU